GCGGACGUGCCCUUGGUGGUCACAAAGUUCAAAUGAAAAUAAAAACAAAUCCUAUCCAAUCCCACAACCAACCAACCAACCAACGGUGGCCCAAACAUCUUCCUUCCCCCGAUUCACACUACUCCAACACCGCCGCCGCUCCCGAUUCACCCUACCUCAGCCUCGCAGCCACCGACGAGGACGACGACCUCCUCCAACCCACCCCGGCCUGUCUCCCAUCGGCGCCGGCAUCGGCGCCCCCACCCUCUCCCCUUCUCGAUCUUGAUCCGGUCAGGCGGCGUGCAGAUCAGCCACUGCCUACACCUCUAUCUAAACCAACCGCCGCUGACUACCCACCGUCGUCCUCGACCUGGCUACUCCUCCACGACCCCACAACCACCUUCUCUUUCGUCUUAUGGUUUUCUUCAUCUCCUUUUGCAUCUGAUGCGUGCAUCCCAUUUGAUUGUGUGUGCAGUUUGGGGGCUAUUGAGGAGAGCCGCUCUCAUCCGAUCCAAGGAAGGAGGAUGCCCACCACCACGAGGCUACUCAACCUCAACACCAUGCAUUGCCAAGGUGACCUAUUUCCCCCCUCCCUCCACUGCUCAUUCCGAUUCAAGGUCCCCUGCCAUACCUCAAGUGGUUGGUUUCCUCACGCGUGCGGGCUAAUCCACUCCGACGACUCCCGCCGGUUGCUUCGAUUCUGCUUCCUCCCCGACAUUACGCGGGUUUUGAGUUGUUCCCCUGAGAUUGCGGGGGUCUUGUUUUUCCCUUGAUGGUGUGAUUGCCGACGCGAGCGCCGGCCUAAAUGGCUUCGUUAGGAAGAAGAUAACUAAGAAGAGAAGAGACAUAGUGGAAAUUUCAGAAAUGUUCAGUCAUUUUCAAUCUUCUCCCUUCACAAUGUUCAGCCAUUUUCAGUACUCUGCACAAUGUUCCGGCCUUGCAAAUGAUUCUAUAUAUGCGCAAAAGGGUAGUAGCUUCUUGGCAUUGUCUUGGCCUAAUCAUUGAUCAUCAAACAAAUGCUGAAAUAGAAAAAAGAGUUUUUCACAUUUUUUGCUGCUGAAUCAUGUCUUGAAGUAUGUGUUUAACAGUUCUGGACGUAGCAUCAUGUGCUAUUGAUGUCAUUCGUCCACAAACAAAAUACUCACCUGUCAUUUUUUCUCUGUGAAUGAAAUACACAUGCAA